AACAUCACUUUCGCAUCGAAUCGCUUGAUUGUGCCGCAAAUCUUGAAAAUCACUUCAUUCAGCGAAUUUGUGGUUAUCGGACUGCUCUACAUAAAUUUGAUUCGAGAUAAUAAAUUGCUAAUAGUUUGAAUUAAUAAUUAUUAAAUAAAACUAAACAUGGGUGUUGACUUUUUCGGUUUUGCGUACGCGGCGACUGUUGCCGCCGGCGGUAUUAUGGGUUACGCAAAGGCAGGAUCCAUUCCAUCUCUUGGUGCUGGUCUGAUUUUUGGUUCCAUCUUAGGUAUUGGCGCAUAUCAAAUCAGCAGGGACCCCUCUAACUACCAAGUGAUGCUUGGAACCACCACCGUCUUGGGAGGACUUAUGGGAUACAGAUUCUACAACAGCAGAAAGUUCAUGCCAGCGGGCAUAGUGUUCGUGCUGUCAGUCGGGAUGCUCGCCAAAAUACUCACCAAGCAUGUCGGCUCGUCGCCUGUACCCAUCAAAUCUGGUUAAAUUGAGCUGUCGCCAUCUUUACCAUACUGCGACUUUGCCCACGACUUGGCCACCAUAGACAGUGAUUUAGAACUGUGGAAUGGUCUAUUGUCUCUAGAACUGGAUAAAUAUAGGUUUAACUCUCUAAAGGAAGUCUGUUCUAUUUGACAGAUUCCCGUGACCACUGCUUAUUUUUCAAAUAAAUUUUAACUUUUAAAUAAGUGUGCGUUCUUGAGGUUGUUUUAAAGUGGGCAAAGUUGUCAACAUGGAUUAGGUAUGGUAGAUUUGGGAGUAUAAGUAAGAAAUAAUAUUACAUUACAUUAUUUUAAAGCUAAGCACAUCAAUGUAGUAACCAAUCAAAAUCAAUCUCAUUUUCUGACUAAUAAAUUUUAUUAUGUAAAAUAAUUUUUACUACAGGUAAUUAUUUUUACUAGUUCGCAGUAGAUUAAUUGGGAUAUAUUAUUGAACUUAGAUAAGGAUGAAGUAUUUCACACACGUUUAACAAAGUUCUGUUUUUAUUAGUCCAUUCCAAUUCCAAAAAUAAUAUUUACAUUGACCAAUCGAUCAAACUUAAUAAGCUGCGAUAGUUACUCAUGAAAUAAAGCUAUGGA